AUGGACCCCGAAUGCGGCCAUCGCCCAGACGAUAUCUUUCGCCUCGACCUAGCUGAUGCCGCUGCUCUAGUUCACGCACAUUUCGAAUGGAAAUGCGACGAAAAAUGCAACUUUAUGAGCUGGACUAGCUCCUUGCUCUUUGCAUUGCAUUAUGGGUUUUAUAGGCAUAAGAAGGAUCAUGAUAAGCCAGACCUUAGCAGAAUAGUGCUCUAUAUUCUUGACACCAGUGGGCUCCCAGAAGGAACAUUUAUCAAAGACCUGGACAUCCUCGAUGCCUUCAAAGGGGAGUCAGCUGGCCUAAAAAGUUUUCUGCACAUGCGGCGCGGACAAGGUAGGAAGAGAUAUUAUUUCGGCGAAUAUAUCACACAGGGCCAAUUACAGAUUGACGGAAGAUGUGCAAGUGUUUCCCUGCAGCAAUUGUUAAAUUCAGGAUUAUUCGAACUUAACCCCGUUCUGGGUAACAAAGACGGAUGGGAUUUCCUUGCGAGCAGAGUUUUAGAUCUUCGAAAGGGCUCGACGACGUUGGUACCCACAACGCCUUCUGAAGUCCGAAAGGCAAUCACGAUAGCUCAAAGCUGUUUCGGAGACCGUUGGGUAGUUCCUCUUUCAGCAAUGCUACUUGCAAUAAAGCCGGGAAGUCAAGACAACGCUAAAAUUGCAGCGGCGUAUUCGGCGAUGUUCGCAGGUGAGUAUUUGACUGUGUAA